CUAUAUAUAUAUAUGAUGGUGUGUUAACGUCGAUACUGGAAAACGCUCUCCUUGGCCGACACAGUGCAAGUAUUCGUUGGGUCGCUUAGCCCUAACCUGCUCGAACUAAUCCACCAAAUUUCUGAAAAUGGAGGAAGAAAAUAAAGAAGAAGAAAGAUGCCAAGUUAUGCAAGGAGUGGGAUCAAUAGCUUUGCUGCCUUCUGGCUCUAUUUCUGGCCACUUUGUUCAUCUUCCCAACUCUGUUUGUUAUGGUCUCCAUGGCACUGAAAUAGCCUGUGAAAGGGAGUGCAGCAGGGGUGAGGAUUACCGUUUGAUCAAGCUCACAGUUACAGACUAUAAUAGUAAAAGAGAACGAGAUGUGGUCGUGGAAUGUAGAGGACAUGAUGCAGCCCGGUUAUGCAAUGUUGAUCAUGCUCAUGGAUGGGAGAAGGAUGUUGUGGGAAUGCUUGACCAAAAACAUGGAAAAAGAAAGAUUUAUGUUUCUUUUGACUGUGAAACACUAAAAGCCGAGGGUGCAGCCGAAGAUCAUAUAAGGAAGUUCAUGCCUAAAUUAGCAGGGAUGGAUGCUGUUGUUAACAUUGGCCCGAUGAGUAUUACAGGCCUGGAGUUUGAUAAAGAAGACGAAGAACAAGUUCAACCGAAUGCACCCUCACAACAAUGAACAUAUCGAGUGCCAAGAAGAAUGCUAACUGUCCGUUCCAGACUUGGGAAUACUGCAGACACUAAACUUGUAGCAAGAACUGUACUGCAAAUUCCCAUCUUAGAUGGUAGCACUAUGAAAUUAAUGAAACAUAUGAUGUCUCUGCACUUCAUUCCUAAAUUACAAUUCAUCAUGUCUAAGAUGGAGAUUCACAUCGUAUCUGGUGCUUUAAAUAAAGAUAAUACCUCGAAGAAUUGGAUUACGGUCCCUUUCUAUGUUACUUGUUUGCAUGCA